UUGGGCACUGCGGGGUCCCGCCUGCAGGCGGUGCCGCGGGCAGACCCGGCCCCGGGCGGGACUCCGUUUCCGCCUCCGAACGUGCUUCGCUAGGUUCCGCUGCGCCGCUCCCCAGGCACCAGCAUGGCUGUUCUCUCCAAGGAGUAUGGCUACGUCAUCCUGACAGGGGCUGCCAGCUUCUUCUUGGUCAUGCACCUUGCAGUGAAAGUGGCCAAGGCUCGCAAGAAGUACAACGUGGAGUAUCCAAUCAUGUACAGCACAGAUCCUGAACACGGGCGUAUGUUCAACUGCAUCCAGCGUGCACACCAGAACACGUUGGAAGUUUACCCUGUCUUCCUGUUCUUUUUAGCCACCGAUGGAGUCUUUCACCCACGGAUUGCCACAGGGCUUGGCCUCACCUGGAUCGUUGGAAGACUCCUUUAUGCCUAUGGUUACUACACAGGAGAACCAAAAAAUCGAAGCAGAGGGGCCCUUGGUUCACUUGCACUCAUUGGGAUGGUGGGCACAGGCGUGUAUUCAGCUUUCCAGCACCUCGGCUGGAUUGGCAAGAACUAACUGACAUCAUAAUGGCUAUCUGGGAAAUUAAAGGGAUUUUUAGUUUGUUUUCUUGUAGAACAUUUCCUGGUUUUUGUUGGGGUUCUUUUUACCUUUCCUCAUUCAAUAAAAUGAAGUUGUCAAUUCCGUA